AUGUCGACCUCGUACCAAAGACAGUCCUUCUACAAUCAGCCCUUUGGGCAAUCCAAACAAGUUUCUACUUUGCCACCGAUGCGCGAGAUUCCGUUCGAUUAUCACUAUGUAUCAGGACCAGCUCAGCACACCAUGUACAACAGCAAUCCGCAGCCAGCCUCCGCUAUAGAUCCUGGACAUAAUUCUGUGCCUCGGCGGUCCAAUUUCUAUGGUCAAACAUUCCCCGGGGCGGAUCGAGGCUUUCACGGUAUGGAUGGCGGCUACAAGACAUCAUACAGCCCAAGUCAACGAUCCCCAAGCGAAUACUACGGAACCCAUUAUUCGGGGGGUUACGGCAGCCUACCUCCAGGAGUACCCUACUCUCCUAUGGACAAUGGGGGCGGUAACAAACGCAGGAGGGGUAACCUCCCCCGGCAGACGACGGACCUGCUGAAGAGUUGGCUUCUACAGCAUAUUGACCAUCCCUAUCCUACCGAGGAGGAAAAGCAAUAUCUGAUGAGCCAGACGGGCCUAAAUCUCAACCAGAUCAGCAACUGGUUCAUUAACGCAAGGAGACGCCAUUGGCCCACCAUGAAGAAAGAGCUGGCAGCAAAGAAAGACGAAGAGAAUGGCCACGGUCACGAUUCGGAGAGUUCCCGGUAA